AUGGUACUGACCAAACUCAGCGUACGAUUGCGCAUUGCGAUAGUGCAAUUGAAUCCUCAAAUUGGAAGAAUUGAUGAAACAACAUUUCGCGCAAAGCAGUUAAUAUCCCGUAUAGAACCCUACAAACCGGACAUCGUUGUAUUCCCCGAAUUUGCCCUGUCAGGUUACAACUUUCACAGUAGAGCCGCCAUUAAUCCAUAUCUCAGUCUACCUACAGAGGGUCCUGCAUGGAAUCUCUCCCGAGAUGUGUCCAAGCGACUAGGAUGCAUUACAGUUAUGGGAUAUCCAGAAGGCAGGCCCUUCAAGACUGAUGAGAAUGACAAAGGUAAAGUUUACAAUGCAGCAAUUGUGGUAGAUGGAAACGGGAAUCUGAUUUUCAACUAUAGGAAAUCCUUCAUGUAUUACACAGAGGAAGAAUGGGGUUGCUCAGAGAAUCCUGCAGGAUUUCAGACAUUCGAUUUACCAAUCCACGGAAAAGCGCGCGAUCCAGAGACCGGGCAUAUACAUGACAUUGCUCUAAAGACAGCUCUCGGAAUUUGCAUGGAUCUAAGCCCUUAUAAAUUUGAAGCACCAUUUUACGAUUGCGAAUUUGCUACAUUUAACAUAGACAACGGCACCGAAUUGAUGCUAUGCCCAAUGGCCUGGCUACAUGGUUCAUCGGUGACGCGAGACACGCCCGAUCCUGAUCAACAGAAAGAACAACUAGCUGAGGCUUUAAAGAAACAACAUUUACCGCAAACAGGAUCGCAAGGCGACUAUCAGGUUGAUAUCCAGACUUUUGACGACGGAAACUCAGAAAUUAAUAAAUGUGAGGAGAACGAUGACGAAACGCUCGACGUUCGUACCAGUUACAUUGAUCUCAAAAAGCCCGACAUGUCAAACGUAAAUUAUUGGAUGAUGCGAUUCAUGCCUUUUCUUGCACUGAGAACACGGGAAAGUUGGUUUGCUCAACGCCUUUUGUUUCCGUUGAUUGCCAAAUUCCGCGGCAUACGUAGCUCAUACGUUGGCAGCUCCAUGCAUAAAUCUUGGGUUUUUAGUGGAAAGAACGCAAUCCUUGUAAUGGCAAAUAGAUGCGGGGUAGAGGACGGGACAACAGUUUACGCAGGAAGCUCUGGAAUCUACAAAUUUAAUGGCAAAUUUGAAAAUGAAGAAGAAUCGAUGGGCGCAUCGAACAGAAGCGUAGACCUGUUAGGGAAUCUAGGCAAAGGGCACGAAGGUGUACUGCUCCGAGACGUCAAUUUUGAGAUUGAACGUGACCUAUAA